AUGGAAAUCUAUAAAAAAGAUGGAUUUUUCCAAAAAUAUUGUGAGAGUGUUCGUAAAAAUUUCGACCAGAAUGAAUUUAAUCAUUUCGCGCAGCUAGAUAGUGAUGAAAAACGCUUUAGCGUCCUUAAUUCAUCGAAAUCAAUCGUAACCGAGUUGAAAUUAGUACGCGAAUUUAAUGGGAAAAAUCUUCAACAAUCGCUCAACUUCAAAAACCUGGGUAAUAAAGCAUUUCAAAGGGAGAGCUGGAAUGAGGCGUUGGCAUACUACAACAUGUGCUAUAUGGCCACACCACACAACAACGCACUGGAUAGAGCUAUCGUCCUUGCAAACAGAUCAGCUGCUUUGUAUCACAUGGAGAAAUAUGAUUUGGCCUUAGACGAUAUUCAACGAGCAAUCAACAAUAAUUAUCCUAAAGAACUGAUGUAUAAACUAACAGAGCGCCAGGCCCGCUGUUAUCUGGGCAAGAAAGAUCACGUUCGUGCUCUAAAAUGCUUCAAAGAUACUUUACCAGCUCUUGAUGAAAGUAAACUACCGCUCGAGCGUCGACAGAAAUUGGAACGUGAUGCACAAAUAAUGAUUAACUUGCUUCCGAAAAACAUCGAAGCGGAAAAGAAACUGGCGAAAAACAAGAAACCAUCCAUCCCAAAAAAGACCAAAGUUCCGGAAAAUUACAUUGACGGCUCUCUCUAUUUUGAUUACUCCGUAGAUGAGGGUAGAUUCGCUAGGACCAAGAGUGAUCUAAAACCAAAUACAAUUCUUUUGUUGGAAAAACCGCAUGUAUCCGUACUACUGGAAGAAUACAGUUUAAGCCAUUGCAGUAACUGCUUCAAGCGUGUAACUGUUCCUAUUUGCUGUUCGCAGUGCUCAGAUGUGAUCUUUUGCUCCGACGAAUGUGGAAAGAUAGCUACCUCAACCUACCAUCAGUAUGAAUGCGGGUUUUUACCGAUUUUUUGGAAAUCAGGAGCAUCCAUUACAUGUCACAUGGCGCUGCGAAUAAUUACCCAGAAAACGGAGGAAUAUUUCAUGAAACUACGCACUGAACUUCCGAAUUUGGAAAGUGAUACCACCGACAAAUUACAAAAUGACGACUACAGAAAAGUCUUCAAAUUAGUAACUCAUGAAAAGACACGAACACCUGAAGACUUCUUUCAGCGAACAUUGAUGGCUACUUUACUCAACGCAUGCCUUGUGCUUGGCGGUUAUUACAAAACUGGGGAUAGUGAAAACUUCAUCGGAGGCCUGCUGCUACACAACCUUCAAUUUCUUCAGUUCAAUGCUCAUGAAAUUUCAGAACUGCAGCGUGAAAAUGAACGGGACAUAGGAAAAUCUGUUUUUAUUGGCGGUGGUCUGUAUCCUACCUUGGCUCUUUUCAAUCAUUCAUGUGAACCUGGUGUUACGAGAUUCUAUCGGGGCAAUUCCGUAUGUGUACGCACGGUUAAGCGCAUUUCAGCAGGAUCAAUGGUGGCGGAAAACUAUGGACCAUUGUUCACUCAAGUGAACCGCGAGGAACGUCGUAAUACCCUGCUUAAUCAGUAUAAGUUUACGUGCAAUUGUCGUGCUUGCACGGAACUUUGGCCAAAGUUUUCGGAUAUGGAUCCUAAUGUUCUUCGCUUCAAAUGUGACGGUGGAAAGCCUUGCAGUAAUGUUUUGAAUAUUCCAGCGGAAAUCAAUGAGUUUAUGAUACUGUGCACAGAGUGUGGUGAACAUACCAACAUAAUGAAGGGACUCAAAUCGCUACAGGACACCGAUAUGCUCUUCAAAUCGGCAACCAAGCUCCAUGACGUCGGCCAGUAUGAAUUGGCACUGUCUAAGUAUGUGGAAAUGUUGAAUACUCUGGAUGAAGUUUUGGUGCCGCCGUAUCGUGAUUUUCAUCUAUGUCAGCAAGGCCUACGGGCAUGCAUGCUGGAGUUUGGAAACCGUUACAUUGCCACAGCAAUUAAAAAAUAG